AUGUCGCUUCGCUACCACGUCGGCGCUGCCACGGGCUCCCAGCUCCUUGACCCGUGGGCUCAUGGGCUCAGCGGCAUGAAAGAUGUCUUUGCGAGCUGGUCGAGAUUGGACAUCACUCAGAUCGGCUCCCUCAUCGCCAUUGCCGGGACACUGCCGACGGCGUGGAGGUUCAUCCACAGGAUAUGGUCCGAGGCAGCCGCCUGCGUCCGGCGCUUCUUCCUGGCCUCCGUCACGAUCCCCGGCGGUGACCCUCUCAAUGCGAGCGUCGUCAGAUGGGUCCUCGAGAACCGUCCUCGGCACCACCGGUCUUUCACGGGACGGACCGACGUCGGACAUGUCCACAGCGAUAGGGGCGCGGCUCUGAAAAAGUCCCAGCAGUCUAUCCAGUACUCGCCUCAUUGGAACUCUCGCUGGAUAUGGUACGACGGAACCCUCAUCAUGGUCGCGCGCCGAAUCGACGACUUCAACGCCUCCCUCUCCGACCCGAGGAACGACGGCAUGGGCGGCGAGGAACUCACCUUGAGCUGUUUCGGCUGGUCCGCGGAACCCCUCAAGGCGUUUAUUGAAGGGUGCCGCGAGUAUUCCGAAAAGCAGACGCAGUUCUUCGUCAUCAUCUACUCUCGCGACCGUUACGGCCUGGCCUGGCAGCCCAAGGCCAGAAGACCGAUCCGGCAUCUGGAGACGGUGCACUUCGACACCAAUCUCAAGCAGGACCUCUUGGCCGACAUACGGAACUACCUCGACCCCAAGACGAAGAGGCGGUACCAGAGCCGCAGCAUGCCGUAUCGGAGGGGCUAUCUCUUCUACGGGCCGCCGGGGACCGGCAAGUCGUCCCUGUCGGUGGCCCUCGCCGGCGAGUUCGGCCUCGAUCUCUACGAGGUCAAGAUCCCCAGCGUUGCGACGGAUGCGGAUCUCGAGCAAAUGUUCCAAGAGGUGCCACCACGGUGCGUCGUUUUGCUAGAGGACAUCGAUGCCGUCUGGGUCGACCGCUCGAACCCACGGCCCAGCAGCCAGGACGGCAACAUGACGCCCAACUGCACGCUGUCCGGUCUCCUCAACGUCCUGGACGGCGUCGGCUCGCAGGAGGGCCGCAUCGUCAUCAUGACGACCAACAGGCCCGAGCAGCUUGACAGCGCGCUCGUGCGGCCGGGGCGCGUGGACAUGAAGGUGCUGCUCGGCAACAUCAGCCAACGGUCGGCCGAGGAGAUGUUUGUCCGCAUGUUCUCGCCCGAGCUCGGCUGCACGACACCCCUGGAGAUGGACGAGGUCAAGCGUCUCGCCGCUCGUUUCGCUGCCGAGGUGCCGGAGGACUUGUUGACGCCUUCCCAGCUGCAGGGCUUCUUCCAGCUUCACCUGGAGAGCCCGCAUGACGCUGCGAGUAGUAUCAAGUCGUGGGUCGAGACGGAGCUCGAGAGGAUGCCGGAGAAGAGCUUUGAGCUCGUCAGCGGCCGCAAGAGCCCUUCCAGCACACUGAGGUAG